AUGAAACAACUCGAAAAGUUCAAGCAGGUUCUGACCCAGAGGAACAUUUCAAAAUUCGCCACGACCAGGCUAGUCCAUCUAAAACAGUCUACCAUCAAUCUUCAGGGAAAGCACAUGGCAGAAAGGCGGCAAAGGGGCCUCAAGCGAAUCAAACAGUUUCUCGACAACUCUGGACACUUCAUGGAAGCCAUCAAGACGCUUCCUGAUUCCAAAGAGCUGAUGGGGUUUAUUUGGGAAACAGAUCACCGUGAAGAGGCUUUCAGAGACCUUGUUGACAUCUAUGGCCAAGUCGGAAGGAGUCUACCUUCGUUGUCAAUGUUUCGAGAGCUGUUCAGCAUUGACCCCGAGCUGACACGGACGAUCUCUACGACCUAUCACGAUGUGAUUCAAAUAAAUACAUGGCUUAUGAUCUACUUCCAGCAGCAUCUCUGGGGGGAUUUGUUUACGACGACCUGGAGGCGAUAUAAAGCAAGAUUUCAAGGUAUCAUAGAUCGUAUGCAAUCUCGCUUUGAACUUAUCAAAAGACGCGCUACUGUUGCUCAAUUUGAAGCCUUCGACAACGCAGCCAGUCUUGAAGAUGAAGAAGGUUCUGCUACCUCAGAAAGCGAGAAUUUGACUCGAAGCCAAGCAGUCUACGCAUGGCUGAAGCCUGUGGACAUGGAAAGCGAACAGGACCACCUAAAUCGAAUCCGUAGAGACUUCCCAGACACCUGUCGAUGGGUGUUAAGAGAUGACACGUUUCAGGAAUGGUUUGACCCACUGUCUUCGCGAACCUCGUUGCCGAAACUACUAUGGUUGAAUGGCAAGCCUGGCGCUGGGAAAACGGUGCUUGCAUCUCUUGUUAUAGAGGAAGCAAAGCAGAUUCAACCUGCUUGUACGGUCGUAUUCUUCUACUUCAAGCAUAGAGACAAGGAACGCAACACCUUCCUCUCCAUGGCGCGAUCUCUUCUCAUGCAAGUCCUUCGGCAGAAUCGACACGCUCUGGAUUACUUCUACAGUAAAUGCUGUAAUAGCGGAGGUGUCCCCAUUACAUCGCUCGCUGCUAAGGAGCUCCUCGAAUUGGCGCUGAAAAAUUGCAAUUCGGUGUACAUUGUGCUCGACGGCUUGGACGAGUGUCACAACAGAAAAGAGAGAGGAGAUAUUGUAAGCUGGUUUCGCGAGCUCAUCGAAAAUCUUUCCCCUGACAUAUGCGACCAAAUCCGUUGCUUGUUCAUAAGCCAGAUUGACAGUGCUCGAAAGGAUUUUCGCGACCUUGCGACUAUUGCGAUGGAUGCUGGGAACAAUAAAGCGGAUAUCGAGGUUUUCAGUCAACUGCAGUCUCGCGCGCUUGUAGAAGAGUUACGCAUUUCCAACGAGCUGGCGAGUAAAACAGCCCGUCGCGUUUCUGACCUGGCAAAUGGUAUGUUCCUCUUUGCUCGCCUGUUUUGGGUAAACCUGCGUGGUCAAAGUUCGAUCGAUAGCCUGGAGCACGAGUUGAAAUCCUUCCCAACCGAUCUUGGCAAGCUGGAUGAGAUGUAUGCUCGGAUAAUGCGAACGAUCAUGGAAAAGCCAGUCCGCGCUCAACGCGAGGAAGCAUUAAUGGUCCUCGGAUGGCUUGUAUCUUCCAAACGAUCGCUGAAGAUGCACGAGGUGCAGACCAUGAAAUCAAUCGAUCUCGAAACAAGAAGCGUCCAAUAUUCACGGCGGCAUUUCCGAGUUCAUCUUAAAGACCUUUGCGAAUCGCUGGUGGACGUACGUGCCAACAAGACCGUGGAGCUGGUUCACAUGACCGUGAGAACCUAUCUCGCAAAAAGUGGUUAUCUAGAUGUGCUAGCCCAGGAGCUCCAUAUGGCAACGCUCUGCGUGGACUACCUGAACCUGCCAUCUUUCAGGCUACCAAUCUCGGAGCAAGCUGUGUUGGAUGGAGAGUAUGGCUUCAUGGAGUAUGCAGUCAGUUAUUGGAUUCCACACCUGGAAGCCGGCUUAACGCCGCCCCCAGCUAUGCAAGACCAGCUUCAUAGGGAGCUUGCUGAAUCACUGGAGCUCUUUGUCGACCAGCAUUGGAACGAACCGCCCAUUAACAACAUUGCAGUUCCCAAGCGCACUCGCGAUAUGCUCCAGAUAUUCGCCGAGUGCGAAAAUUAUCUGGAUAUCGAGAACGCGGUGUUCCUAACGGACAAAGAAAUGAAACACUUCAGUGACGUCAAACCAGAACAAUCCGCGCUGGAUUUUCCGAGGAUAAUAUCUGCGGUUCGCCGCCAGCUCGAAUCCUUCGCAAGGAACUAUUCUCAAGAACGCCUUGCUGAGGAUCUGGAACCCAAAUACGGCAUCAAUCUAUUCAAAUGCUCGAGGUUCAGCUGCAAGUACUUCACGGAAGGGUUCUCUACUCCAGAAGAACGUGAGAAACACAUUGAACGACAUGAGCGGCCACAUCGCUGCACCGACGAGCACUGCAGAGGUUCUAAGAUUGGAUUCCCGACAAAAGCUCAAUUAGGUAAACAUCUGCGAGGAACUCACCCAGAUGGACUGGAGCGCCAAAAUACAUUCCCGACAGACGAGGAAAUCGAGGAGAGCGUGCGGGAAAAUAGUAUAACUCUGUCCCCAGACCCCGAGCCUUCACUCGACAUUGAGCCUGCGCUGCUGCCCGACCUCCAAUCUGACACUAUCCCCUCAGUCCCGAACCCGAUUUCCUCGUCUCGCCCUCCGAGACCACCCAAGCCCCCACCCACAAAACGCCCUCGAAUAAAAGUAUCAUACACCUGCGAGCACUGCGGAAAGAACUUUGGCAAGAAAUUCAACUGGGAGUCUCACCUCGCGACGCACGGUGGCCCCAUCUCUACGUGUGCCUACUGUGAGAAGACGUUUCGGCGGCCCAGCGACAUGAGGCGGCAUGAGAAAACGCACGAUCCGGAUAGCGCCGUGAAGUGUGGAGGGAUUUUGCCGGAUGGGAGGGAGUGGGGAUGUGGUGAGAGGUUUGCGAGGUUGGAUGUGUUGAGGACGCAUCAUAACACGUCGGUGCAAGGGAGGAAAUGUGUUGCUGAGAGGGAUGGGGGUGGGGAAGGGUAG